AGUGCAGCUUCGGGCCCGGGGCUGUCGCUGUUGAACGCGCUGAAUUUCGAGGGGUUGGAGGGGAGACCGGGACGCAGCAGCGAACACUGUCCUGCCGACCGCCGCGAGCGGCAGCCGCGGUCCACACGGGCUCGGACAGGCUUUGAGGGAGCAGAGAGCGGAGUGCAGGCGAAAUGGCCCUGGUGCCCUAUGAGGAGACAGCGGGAGUGGGCUUGCAGAAAUUCCACAAGCCUCUAGCCACCUUCUCCUUUGCCAACCACACCAUCCAGAUCCGGCAGGACUGGAGACAGCUGGGAGUCGCAGCCGUGGUGUGGGACGCGGCUGUCGUUCUUUGCACGUAUCUGGAGAUGGGAGCUGUGGAGCUGCGGGGCUGCUCUGCUGUGGAGCUGGGCGCCGGCACCGGGCUGGUGGGCAUAGUGGCGGCCCUGCUGGGUGCUCAUGUGACUAUCACGGACCGAAAAGUAGCAUUAGAAUUUCUUAAGUCAAAUGUUCAAGCCAACUUACCUCCCCAUAUCCAACCCAAUGCUGUUGUUAAGGAGCUGACGUGGGGACAAAAUUUGGGGAGUUAUUCACCUGGAGAAUUUGACCUGAUACUUGGAGCUGAUAUCAUAUAUUUAGAAGAAACUUUUGCAGAUCUUCUUCAGACUUUGGAACAUCUCAGUAGCAAGCGCUCCGUGAUUCUUUUAGCUUGCCGAAUUCGCUAUGAACGGGACAACAACUUCUUAGCGAUGCUGGAGAGGCAAUUUACUCUUCUUGAGGGCAGGGACUUCUUAUUGCCCAGAAGUGUGUCUUCAAGUAUUUCUGAAAUAAGAAAGAAACAACAAAGGUAUGGGCAAAGAGAAGAUGGGUACUCUAAGGUACCGUAUGGUUUUAUUGGAGGCCCAAGCACCUGAACAACACGGGUUACAAGGAGGAUGACCAUAGGUCCUGAUUUACUCAGCACAAUCCUGCUUUACCCCUUUUGUCCCUAUUAAUUAGUAUCACCUUUUUACUCUUAAAAAUGUCUGCAGAAUAACUUACACAGUCAUGCUCUGUAGAAAAACAAUAAGAUUUAUAUAACAAGCUUCAUAAACACGUCAUGGUAAUUUUUCUAAAAAAAAGUUUAGAAUAAAUGCAACUGCUUAUUUUCAGAAAUUGAAUCAAUAGGAGAAUCUUUUAUUAUGCUUUAAGCAAAGAGCAGAUUAACCACACCCUCUCCCAUUUCCUUCCAUUUUAUAUGAUCACAGAACUUUAGAAUUACAAAGGGACCUGAGAAGUUUUCUAUUCUUAUUGUUCUUCCAAUGCAAACACAGUAUUUUAUGACACUGGAGACAGCUCCUAGUUUGUCUCCCACCGGUUUUCUCAAUAGGGUGGUAAUAUCUCCAAAUCUUCAAAUAGGCACCUGUUCAAUCUUACUGAACAAAAAAACCUUGUGCUAAAAAUGACGAAUACAGUAAAAGUAAAUAACUGAAGAUAUGUUCUUGUUGCUCACAUUAGUUUUGUUGCUAUGUAACAAGCCUGUGAAAUAUUCUAACAUAAAUUUGCUCAUUUAACAAAAGUAAUAAACCUAAGUUAAGAAACUAUAACUCAACACUACUGACAAAAGAGAAAAUAGAGAUCCCAUCCCCAAAAAAGAGACUUACAGAGUUUUUAAAAGCAUGUUUAUGUGACUGCACAUAAAUGUGUGUAAAAAGGGCAUUAUGACAGUUGAUACCACAAAGAUUACAGUAAGAAAAAAGCACUUUAUGACAAUAUUUCACAAAUUCACAAGGAUCACUUUAAUAUACAAAGCAAUUGCUACCAUUCUGAACACAAAGCAGCUAAUAUGUACAUAGUGUUAAUAAAAUGCAUUAUAACUCAGUACAUUUUCUCUCUUUACACAGAGCACAAAAGAUUUAGGUAAAAAAAUUAAAACAGGGAUGUUUCUAGAAUGUAGGGAAUUUUAUUAGAAAUGUAUUUCCCUCAUUAUAGUUAUUUAUUUAGUAUUCAACUCCAAUAGCAACAUCAGAGUUAAAAAUCAAUACCCUGUUUUGUGCUGAUAGUUUUGUGGGGGAGGUAUUCUUUACCCCAGUCCUCAAGGAAAAAUUAAAACAAAAACAAAAAGCAUCUUUCUCUCUAGAAACUUCCCUGAUUAUUUUGUUUCUAAAAAGUUUCAAGUGAUACAUCUAGGUUAGAAAUCAUUCCUUCUGUGGGUGGGGAUGACAAGUGACAUGUGGACACAUCAGCUAGAGACACUCUCCAUGGAAAACUGCUAACUAGCACUCUUCUUUGCCACCCCUAAUAAAUCCAUACUCACAGAACAAGGUUGACAAAUUAUUUCCCACUUUUAAUAUAAAUAAUUUUAUUACAUACACAAAUUGGAGUGGCACCUGGAUAAAAAUACGUCUAUAAAGCAUUUACCAAUUCAAUUUUAAAAACAUAAGAAAAUAAAACCUCCCAAACACAAUGAUAGAUCAUUUCACUUGGCCAACUAACGUAAGAUUAUUACCUGCAGGGAUUUUCUUCCUUCCCUACCAAUUUUUAAACUACCUUAGAUUUACUCUCACAUUUCUGAGAUGCUCCUCAGACAGAAGCUUGGAAAUGCCAUACUUGUGUAGGCAAGUAUCAUAUAAUGCCUGUGUAAAGUAGGUAAAUCUAAAUUUCCUACUCUUUGACCCUUUUCAAAGACAUUUCCCACAGAUUGUUCAUUUUUCUUUUACUUGCUGGUGAGAAUAAUUAAAAACGUGUCAUGUUAUGCCCAGCUAGGACCUGCACCCACAGUACCAGAAUGCAGACAGGUCAGUAUCUUCCCUCUGUGCUAAACAACUCUGCCUGUUUAUAAUCUCAUCUUGCUUCACAGGCUUUGUUCUAUUUUUUUUUUUCUAUUUUUAUUUUUUUAAAAAAUAAAUUUCAAGCUAAAACACCUGAAAUAUAAUUCCUCCAUUCAAACAUUAUCUGGUCCCUCUCAAAGUUUGUCUGCCCCCUGAGGACACAUACAAAGGCUUAAGCUACAUUCACUAAUCAGUAAGAACUUAUCAGAAGCAUAUGAGACAGAUGGAACUUCAGCACCCUGUUUGAUUUAUUUGAAAUUCUUCCAUACUGACUCAGCUUCAUGAUAUGUUCAACCCCUCAGGUAUUAGUGCCUCUCCUAGCCAUCAAUUCGAGAAAGUCAAGGAAACCAGUUCCCAGUACAUACAGUGACUGUGCAGUCAACUUAAAAAAGUCAACAUAUCAAUAUUAAAAGUAUUCAAGAUGUAUGCAAACCAUCCAACAAAAGUUCUAGUUGUGCUUUGUAUGAUUGAGUGAGCAAACAUAUCCCCCAACUCUUCACCUACAGGCUUGCUAAAGCACACAGCACUUUCUCCUGUCUCACCUGACAUCAGUCAAAUUUAGGCAGCAUUUCUUUGAUGUUAAAAAAGCCAAUUUAAAGUGAUAAAACCUUUGUCUAAUGAUUACACGUGGUCUCCAUCAUGAUAGUAAUUACCUUGAAAAAUAUUUUACUGUUCUGGACAAAUUCAUGGAUACCUUGGCAUCCUACAGACAACAUCAAUGUUGGAAAUUAACAUCUAUUCAUUCGAGUUGCUUUUCCUUCUAUCUUUAUCCAUGAUGAAAAAGCGUAACAUUAGAUCCCAAAUCAUCUUUUAACUAACUGGGCCAGGCAAAUCUAAUUUCCUCUUAUUUUUCCUUUAUAGCUAUUUAAAAGACUAGCCUUUAGGUGCUAAAAUAUUUUAAUGAAAAGUUUCCACUUUAAAAAGUCACAUGAUUUGAAAAGAGGAGAAAGACAUAAGUCAGUUGACAAUUAAUUGAUGAGGGAACUUCUCAAGUUGCUAAUACCCAACUGGGUCAUUUUUAAAAGUGCAAGUUACACCAAACAUUUACAAAGAAUACAAUGUAAAUAUAAUCCAAAUAAAUAUACAAGUUUUGUAUUAGGUCAAUGGGAAACAAUAUACCAAAAGUUUCAGAGCCACAAAGGCAACAAAAUACAGCCUCCUGAAAUACCUGAAAAGGUGUGUAACUACUGUUCUUAAAACCCACUUUAAUUAACUUUACCAUAUUUGUCUUAUUUAAUCCUGCAAAAUGAAGCAGCCUUUUUGAUCUUCAAAAUAAAGAGACCAAUUUAUGCUAGUAGCUGACUGUAGCAGAUGACAAAAUUAUGUACAUUUUAAAAAUGUAAAGAAGAAAUCUAGAUUGAAGUCACUUCAAGUAAAAGCAUCCUGGUUUAAACAAACUUGUUGUUUCUUUCUAAGCCUUUGUAUGAUUCCACAUGUCACCCCACAUGGUCAAAAUGACAGUAGGGAUGAGGCCUGAGAGACCGAGAGAAACUUCAGCCAGAUGACCUCUGAUCACACAGCCUGCCCCACGGUGUGUGCUUUCCGACACUAGCGCUGCCGCUGACCUACCAUCAAAAACACAUUUUCUGACAAAAUCCCUGCUCAAAUGAAAACACUAAAAUUCCUCCCCCAGGAUGAGUUUUGAAAAAUCAGUGGUACCUUUUAGAAGCUAUCUUCAAAAUGUUGUUACCACUGUUAUAGCUGCCAGAAACAAAGCAAAAAAAUCAAAUACUUGGGGGAGGGGUGGGGGAGUUUUCAAGUGACUAGUAACAUAUGUAAAAGUAUCCAGCCAAAGAAAACUAACAAUAAAAAAAAAAAAAAAAGGAAAAACUUGGAAGAAAAUUAGAA